AUGGAGAUUCCAAAUUAUGAUUUCAAUCUAAUUGAAAAUACAAACUUUAAACAACUGUAUAAGUAUAUGCCCAAAUCCAAUUUUAGGAUGCUAAUAUGCGGCAAUUCAGGUUCAGGCAAAACAAACCUGCUUUAUCACAUCCUUAUGAAACCGUUAGUCUAUUAUGAUCAGAUUCAUUUAUACGGUAAAAACCUGGAACAGGAAAAGUAUCGACAUAUGAUAGAAACAAUGAAUAAUAUCAGUGGCCAGGUUGGAUAUGACAUAAUGCAUUGCAAUAAUGAUGACAUUAAACCUGUCAAUAGUCUGGAGAGUGAUGCCCAGAAAAUUGUAAAAUUUGAUGACUUCAUUUGUGAUAAAAACCAAAAGCCGCUUAUCGAUUAUUUCAUUCAAGGCCGUCAUAAGAACUGUAGUGUUUUUUACCUGUCACAAUCAUUUUAUAAAACACCAAAAGAUAUCAGAUUAAACUGCAGUCAUUAUGUUGUUUAUGAUUUCCCUAGCAGUAAUGAUAGAAAUAUGAUUUCUAGAGGGUUGAAUGUAACAAAGGAUCAAUAUAUUAAAGCCACCAAACAACCCUACUCAUUCCUGUAUGUUGACAAACCAAUGAAAACAGUCAAAAGAAACUUUUAUGGAAAUAUAUAAUGUAUUAUCCUUUCUCUGGUAGAUAAUUAUUUAACCAAUAAUAUAUGAAGGUACAUUUGAAAUUUAAAAGUCUCCAGUAUACUCUAAUGGCAACUGAAUUGUUGUAUGACCUCCAUCCUGUAAUAUUAAAAGAUAUACUAGAUAUGAAACGGGCUCUUGGUUCAGUUCUUGGACAAAUUAUCCAACCAAAUCAAAUAACCUACUAGCAAAGAGAACAACUUAAUAAUUAAUAUAAUCUAUUUAUAUGGAAGUAUAUCUAGAAAUUGAAGAUGUCAAAUAUGGUAGAAUGAUUACUGAAUUAUUUGAAAAUCUAUCAGAGGGUUGUCUAUAUGAACUUCUUAAUCACAAACAUGGAUCUUUAGAACAAGCUCGGAUUAUUGGCAGAGUUAUUGGGAUGGAUGAUCCAAUUACUAAUGAAGAAGCCAAGCUGUUAAAAGCAAACGGAUUUCAUGUAAGGGAAAUAACUAAAUAACAAAAUAGUAGUGGAUGGAAAUAUCUAAUACACUAUUAUAAAAUGGGAAUUUUUAAUCAGCAACCUAAUUAUAAUCAAUCAUACUCGAAAGGAAAACAAAGAAUUACUGGCCCUCAAGGACCUCCUGGCCCGCCUGGCCCCGCUGGUGUAGCUGGUGCUAUUGGCCCUCGUGGGCCUAUUGGCCCCAUAGGCCCUACUGGUGUUCAUGGUCCUAUUGGCCCGACCGGUGUUCGUUGGACUCGGGGCUUUACUGGCCCUACUGGUGCAGCGGUCCUAUUGGUCCCAGUGGCCCCACUAGCCCUCGUGGUGCUACUGGUGCAUCAGGCACUGGUUUUAAUCUCAUAUCAGAUGGGAAUUAUGAUAUGACAAACAAAAACUGA